UUUCAGUUCUUCACGUGUAUUGGACGCGAACGGUUCAAGAAGAGACCAUCGUUAGUUUUUCAAUAAAAAGUUUAGGAAAAGAAGACACAGCAAUAGAUAUAGAAAUAUUCGUAUCUAGAACAGAUUUGGUUAGAAGGAAAAUAUGUACAAGUGCUUAAAGUUGGAGUGGCAAAGGUGUUUGUAGCCACAUAUGGUGCGUAUAUAUACCUACAUACAAAAAAUAAAUAAAUAACACAAACCAAUCAACUACCGGCAAUAAUGACGAGAGCUAACAAAACAACAAAGUUAAGCCACCAGAAACAAACUAAGAAAUUCAGCUGCGACAACAAGUUUUAUACAAACCUCGACAGCAAAACAUCAUGGUGGCUUCGCAGCCACCACAAUACAAGCGAAGACAUGAAUGGCACCAACGAUAAUUGCAGCUGCCACAAAGAAAGACGUUGCAACAGGUUAACCUGUUGUCGCUAUGACACCACCGGCUCCAGAUUCAAAAGCAGCAAUCGCGAAGGUUGGCAACUGUAUGUCUUGAUGGUUGUUCUGUGGAUAGUAGUGCCAUUCCUGUCAGCUGCUUCAGUCGAGGCAGUUCCAGUAGAUACAAAUGCCACCACCACCAUUCCAUCACCGCACGCAGUCGACGAAGUUGAAUUCACCACUGUUAUUACCCCACAAUUAGCCAAUAUCCAAACCACUGUCACCAUACGUGAAAAUGAAAGCGACCAGAGCCAAGAAGCAACGAAUGCGGAAAUCGCUAUUGUGAAUGAAACGGAAGCAAUUUCAUUCAACGUCACCAGUACGAAUCACUCCAAUUCAACGAUAUCAUUAAACGCGCCACAAGAAAUUAAUAAUGAAAUCUCGCAAACUGUCAAUGAGGGCACGACUACAGAAGUUAGGGACACACCAGAGUUAAUCAAUCCAAAAUUCGAAUAUACUGAAACCUUACUUACCGGAAAUCUCGAGGAGACCAUACGUAAUUCAGUUAAAAAUGAAAUUGAGUUUGAACACGAUAUUGGAUCUGCUGUGGCUGAACAUCUUCAACAGGCUGCCGCUCUAGAGGAGCUGCAAAAACACAGUGAAGAGCUCUCGGCUGAACAAAAUGCAAAGCAUCACGACAAUGCCGAACAGAGUGAUGCUGCUGAUGUAGUAACAGAAUUGACAUCCACUACUACAGUGGCUACAGAUAGUACUUCAGCUGGAUAUUCUUCGUCCGCAGAAACAGAUCUUUCAAUAUUCUUUCCCGCACAAGCCGAAGGCCGGCCAACGACAGAACAGAAUCUUACGGGCAGCCAAAGAGAUGACAGAAAUCUGAAUGUAAAUGCAAACGAAAAUUUCGAAAUUUUAAACGAAAAUGCUGUUGCAGAAAAUGAGAUCAACGAAGAUGGUGAAAUGCAAAAUAUUGAACGAGAGAAAAACGAAAAUCAUGAUAGACUACUUGGAGAAGUUAAAAACACCACAUCCAUUACGCUGGAUCCUACGUGUGAGGCAAAGCUCUACACACAUGACUCUAACGAAAUAACUGAAGACGGUGUCCAAUCGCACCAAAAGCUUGACAAUUCUCAAGAGAAUAACGAUAAGGCAGAUAAUUCUAGUGAAAGUCAGGAAAGUAUUUAUGUCGAAACUGAAAAGAGGGACAAUGCUGAAAUCAAUAUCAGCAAAUUAUCAGAUGACUUGAAAGAAAGCCUUAAGACAACUCAAAAAGGCAUCGCUGAUGUUGAAACCGAAGAGGAACACAUCGCAACAGAGAUUACGCCAGUUGAAGGAGAUACACCAUCGCUAUCUAUAGUUUUGAAUGAGAACCUUACGGCUACCGAACCCGUCGAAGCAUUAGAAAAUGCUCCACUGGAAGAACUUAUACACUUCGAGGAGAGCCAGUCUUUGCUUAACGAGCAAACCGACACAACUGUUGAGCCCGAAGCUGUAAAGAGUGCGCAUAUUGUGAUCAAAAAGCCAGGUGUAGAAUUAGAGGUAGAUCGAAUUGAACCCCUACAUAUCGAGGUACAGGAAAAAGCCACCAUCACAGCAGACAUAGAGCAGGAACAAGCGGAGGCAAACGAAAACUAUGUUGAAGAGAAAACCGCUGGAACGACUUUAAAUCCGCUUGUAGAAGGUGAUGGUAUUGAAAAAUUACAAGGCAUACAAAGCGAGGAGAGCACCAACAAAGAAACUGCGACUCAAUUGGAACUUAAAAUGGAAAAAGAAGCCCUCUACGAGCCCCUAGUGAAUAAUGAAAUACGUGACGUAGAAAUCAACUCCGAAAAUGACAAACCCAGCGAAGCUGAAUAUAAAAUUGACUCAGCACAAAAUGAACUUAGCGACCCAGCGCAGCAAAAGAUUGAUGACAAUACCGAUGCAACAACAACUAAUGAGCUUCAUGCACAAUUUGAGGAGAAAGCAGAUGAUCUUAAGGAAAACCAAUACCUUAUCCAAGCCAGCAAUGAGCUUGAUCACCAUGAGGUCCAAUCAAUCACAGCUCAGACGCAUGCUGUUGCAAGUGAACUCACAGUUCAAGAGCCAGUGACAGAGGACAGCAGCGUAGAGUCGAAAAGCCUUGCCUCGACAACAACAGCACAGUUGGAGCAAUUACACAUUUCACUUUUUAGCACAACACCCAACCCCAAGUCCGAAACUCAAGGAACCGCUACCCAAACGUCAACUGAGUCACAAGCUACUACCGCAGCAAAAGAGUUCGAAGCAUUCGAAGAUGAAAGCAACAGUACCGACGACCCAAAUAUAGUGCCGAUUUUGGUGGGUGUUAGCGCUGCACAGGGUGAUGUCACCGCCUCAACGAAAGGUUCACGCUCCAUUAACAAACAUCAUCCGAUGCUGUUUAAAACUGUGGACGCCACCCUUGCCGCAGUGAUGUUCGACUCUUUUCCACCACAAGACGCCGAUCAGAUGUUCAAUGAUCAUUCGGCUGCAGAGAGUGGUGGCAUCAUUGGUAAGCCGCUGCCAGCGCGUAGCGUUAGUGAAGUGAUACCCUCUACGCUCUUCACGCGCUCCGGUCUAAUCAUUGUGGUUUGCUCCAUAUUUGCGUUCAUGUUUGUGCUUGCAUCGGUGGUAGGCUUCCUCAUUUCGUUCCAACGUCAGCAUGGUACAUUAGAUAUUGAGAUGCAGGAACAACGUUGUGGCAAGGAUAAUCUCGACGAGGAGGACGAAGAAGCUGGCACAUGUACGCGACUGCUGGAAGUGGAGUUGCCCAAAUCAUCGAUAGUAACGGUUGCAUGCGAGGAGAUGGAGGAGUGUUUGUAGGAGGAACAUUUCAAGUAGUACAUACAUACAUACAUAUGUAGUUAAUUUGCACUCAAGAGCGCGGCACAUACUGUAAAUAGAUAUAGACAUACAUACGAUAGUAUGUUUACAUUUUGCACACACACUCAUACACCCAUAGUCAGUUAUGCUUACAUAUGUAUGCACAUUAGGGUGGUCCAAAACUGCAUGUGAAAUAUUGAUUUCUACGAAAAGAUGUUUUU